UAUGGAGAAAGAGAGAAGAGGAAAGGAUAGUUAACAUUAAGGAGAUGUUGUUUUGACCUUUCUAAGCAUUUGGAGUUAAUCACUGGGAGAUAAAAUUGGGACUAGUGACUAGUCUUGGGCUCAUUGAAGAGGCUAUGAAGGUCAAAGCCCAAGUCUCCUCUACACCAACAGACAUCUUCACAGGGAUCCUGACAGAUUGUUUCCAACUUUUCCUGGCCAGCUGCUUUCCCCAUUGAUGACGAUGACAAGAUCGUUGGGGGCUACACCUGUCAGAAGAAUUCCGUUCCCUACCAGGUGUCCCUGAACUCGGGCUAUCACUUCUGUGGUGGCUCCCUCAUCAAUCCCCAGUGGGUGGUGUCCGCAGCUCACUGCUACAAGUCCCGAAUCCAGGUGCGUCUGGGAGAACACAACAUCGCAGUCUCUGAGGGUGGUGAGCAAUUCAUCAAUUCAGCCAAGGUCAUCCGCCACCCCAGAUACAACCAAAAUACUAUCGAUAAUGACAUCAUGCUGAUUAAACUGAGCUCUCCCGCCACCCUCAACUCUCGAGUGUCUUCUAUCUCUCUGCCAAAAUCCUGUGCAGCUGCUGGUACCCAGUGCCUCAUCUCUGGCUGGGGGAACACCCUGAGUACUGGGCAAAAGUUUCCUGAUGUCCUGCAGUGUCUUCAAGCUCCCAUCCUCUCUGACAGCACUUGCCGCAAUGCCUACCCUGGCAAAAUCACCAGCAACAUGAUCUGUCUGGGUUACCUGCAGGGUGGAAAGGAUUCUUGUCAGGAUGACUCUGGUGGCCCUGUGGUCUGCAACGGAGAGCUCCAGGGCAUUGUCUCCUGGGGUAUUGGCUGUGCUCUAAAAGGCAAACCUGGUGUCUACACCAAGGUCUGCAAUUACGUGAGCUGGAUUCAGGAGACCAUUGCUGCCAACUAAGCAUGUAAGCAUGUGUCAUACUCUAUGUACUAUCCUCUUGGUCAAUUUCAACUUCCAACUAUGCCUGAAAACAGUAUCUAAAUAAAAACAUUUUGCUCCACA